UUUGCUCAACGAUUGUCAGUCUUAGUUUAGUGGUCACAUCAUUAAUUUGAUCUUACCGGCAAGGCAGCACACGUGCUUCGAGUUACAAGUCAGCAAUCUCAGUGAAGAUUACACAAAGUUCUUUAGCGAAAAUGUUCAAAUUGAUCAUCGUUUCCGCCCUGGCCGCCGUGGCGCUGGCCCAGAACCCCGACGCCGAGGCCCAGAUCAUCGCGUCCGACAGCGAGGUCAACCCGGACGGCUCGUACCGGUGGAACUACGAGACGAGCAACGGAAUCCGCGCCCAGGAGGAAGGCGUCGGUGGCCAGUCCGCCCAGGGCAGCGCCUCGUGGACCGACCGCGACGGAACCCCCAUCCAGCUGACCUACGUCGCCGACGUGAACGGAUUCCAGCCCCAGGGCGCCCAUCUGCCGCGUGAGGGACCCGCCCCCGCCCACGUGCUCAAGACCCUGGAGUUCAUCCGCGCCAACCCGCCCAAGGAUGACCCCAACUUCAACAUCCAGGCCCUGGAGGCGGAAAUCGCCAGACUGCAGUCCCUCCAGUAAGAAGCGGAACAAUGGCCGCAACGCCUGGAACUCGCAGCGACCUGAGCACAUACUCAAAAAGAUCAAAAGAAGCACACAACCCUGAAAAGACGCAGUGAAAUUUCCCAACCGAACGAUUGUGUAAAUUUGUUGUAAAUAUUACUUUUAUUAGCGUGUAAUUUUCUUUCCGUGCAACACAAAACGGGAUUUGACAAUCCACUUUUCUCUUCCUGUUUUUUAAUUCAAUCCUUUUGAGUUAAAACCCUUUUUUUCAAGCGAUGCAUUUAAUGCCUUACUCGCGAACAAAUUUCAACAAUCUUCACCGUUUGUUCAUGAUUUUAAAACGUUAACCAAUUUGAAGGAGAUUAUGAAAAUUCAACCCAGCAGCAGAAGGCGUUAAACGUCGAAAAGUCAAUCUGCAAUCUGAACUUUGAACACCGCAAACGAGUGUGGGGAAAGGCGAAGAUGAUAUUACAAAACGAAAAAAAAAUAAAAUGCAAUCUUUACUAUUUUAUAAACUGUUAAACCUAUAAAUGACGCAAGACAAACAGAAACUCAGCUAAAGAAAGUGAGAGAAAGAGAGAGAGAGCAAAGAGAUAGUGAAACGAUACCUUCUCAAAUGACAUAACUUGUUCAUACAAAUAAAGGAUACUUUAAAAUAAGAAAAA